AUGGCAAACACUACUGUUUUAGUCACCGGCGGAACCGGUUUUAUUGCAACACACGUUAUUGACAAGCUCUUGGCUAAGAAGUACAAUGUCAUCAGCACUGCAAGAUCUGAAGCAAAGUACUCUCCUUUGUUGAAAAACUUCAAAGCAAAGUAUCCUGAGGGAACACUUAUUUACGAGGUCGUCCCCGAAAUUUCUGCCGAUAAUGCGUUUGACGAAGUUUUGAAGAAGCAUCCCGAGAUCACCAUUGUCUUACACACUGCUUCUCCAGCUUCAUUUGGUUAUGACCUGCCUCUUGAAGACGCCUACUUGAAGCCGGCAGUCAAUGGGACUUUGAGCAUCUUGGAGGGGAUCAAGAAGUAUUCCCCUCAGGUCACCAAUGUUGUGAUCACCUCUUCUAUUGUUGCGAUGGCGGACACCAAAGCCAGUUUUUCGGGCCAGGACUGCUCUCAUGUUACACUCACAACUGAUAUGUGGAACCCUCUUACCUGGGAAGAAGUUAAAGACCCAAUGGAAGCAUACGCUGCGUCGAAGAAGUAUGCCGAAAAAGCUGCCAGAAAGUUUUACGAAGACGAAAAGCCAAGCUACAAAUUUGCGACCGUCAACCCGCCAUUGGUCGUCGGACCACAGGUCUUCGACGACUUGGUUACGAAGCAGAUGAAUUCUUCAAAUGAGAUGGUCAACAUGGUAACAAAGCUUCCACCAUCCACCGAACCUCAAACCUCUUUCCCAGCUAUCACAGUUGAUGUCAGGGACAUCGCUGAAUUCCACGUUCUAGCAUUCGAAAAAGAAAAGCUAGCAGACGAAAGAAUCGCCGUUGCGUCAUCUGCUUGUAUUGGCCAAAGAUUCUUGAACAUCCUAAACGAUAACUUCCCUGAGUUGGACGGUAAGAUCUGCAAGGGUGACUAUGCCAGUGUUGACAAGUUGGAGGAUAAAAUGUGUCCUAGAUACGACUAUAGAAAUAUUAUCGAAAAGGCCGGUGGCUACGAUUUUAUUCCAUUAGAGACGUCCGUCAUCGACUUGUUCAAGCAGUACUUAGCCAAGUAUAGCAUUCCUUAA